UAUAGCGAUCGCAUUGUUUUUAGCAUGGCUACUGUUUUGCUUGACUCCUUUAUUUAGUUGCAUUAUUUUUCCAGCAAAUAGUUUUUCAACUCCUCAAUAAAUCGGCCUCGGGCGUUAUAAGCUUACACCUCCUUCUGUUAAAGACUAGUUUAUAAGCGCGAUAGGACCGUGUUAUAUAGUUAGCUUGAUGAGUUUACAUGUUAGCUCGAUAGCUAACACUGCCACACCAGACACAGAACGCACACAAACCGUUUACAUCUGCCUGCCAACAUGUCCAGCAAGCGGGCCAAGGGCAAGACGACUAAGAAGCGCCCUCAGAGGGCCACGUCCAACGUGUUUGCCAUGUUUGACCAGUCACAGAUUCAAGAAUUCAAGGAAGCCUUUAAUAUGAUUGACCAAAAUCGUGACGGCUUUAUUGAUAAGGAGGAUCUGCACGACAUGCUGGCGUCGUUAGGUAAGAACCCCACAGAAGAGUACCUUGAAGCCAUGAUGAAUGAGGCACCAGGACCCAUCAACUUCACAAUGUUCCUCACAAUGUUUGGAGAGAAACUGAAUGGCACAGACCCCGAGGACGUCAUCAGAAACGCUUUUGCUUGUUUUGAUGAAGAGGGCACAGGUUUUAUACAAGAGGAGUAUCUCAGAGAACUCUUGAGCACCAUGGGAGACAGGUUUACAGAUGAAGAGGUCGAUGAGCUCUUCAGAGAAGCCCCCAUCGACAAGAAGGGCAACUUCAAUUAUGUGGCGUUCACACGUAUCUUGAAGCAUGGUGCCAAAGACAAGGAUGACCAGGAAACGGACGCAGUUUGACAUUACGCACAUGCGCACCAUGCUUAUGUUGUUCAGAAAGGUCAUACACGUGGGCAGUAAGAAGCACACGUGCAAUUACAAGGCCAGAUUAAGGUAGUUAGAUGCUACCCGUUGACUUCUCUUGUAUUAAUAUACUUGUAUAUAAAUAACUAAGUAUAUAUAUGAGUAUUUAUGGGCUACCCUGGAGUGAAACUGAACUGUGUCAGCGUUUGGAAAAGUUUAGGAAAUAAACUCUUGAUUGAUGGCAUUCUUCAUUAUAGCA